AUGUUACUUACUAAACAUCGUUAUCUAUCUCUGCUAUUAGUUAUUCUAUUGUUUUCACUUAUACCACUAGCGAAUAGUUGUAAUAUAUGGAAAGCAUCUGAAUGUCCCCAACCACCAACCGCUGAUGAUGAAGAUAUUUUCAAAUAUGAUCUCUAUACACGUGAACAACUUUUUCAAUUUUGUGAUCAAGGAAAAAAAUAUGCAGAAUGCGUUAAUAAACAACUUCAUUGUUGUGAUCUAAAAAGUGAACACACAGGUGCAUUAGCUGCUUUUGAAGUUGGUCUCCAACAAAAUGGUUGGCGAUUAGGUAGAUAUUGUGCUGGUCUUGGUGCUACGACAAUUAUUCAAUAUAAAUGUAAAACUACAACCCUAUCACCAGCUAAAACAACGACAACAACAACAUCGACAUCAUCAACGAUAGCCCCAUGUGAAGUCGAAGAAGCCGGAAAGGAAUGCAAUGAUAUAUUAGAAGAUAGACUUAAAUUUGAAAUUGGUUGGUCUGUCCAAGAAAAAAUUCAAUGGUGUAAACAAGUAACCGAUUACAUUCAAUGUGCCGGUAAACAUAUAACAAAUUGUUCGAUAAGUGAAGUUCGAGAUGAUGUUGAACAACUUUCAAAUUUUAUGGAAUAUAUUAUGAAACAAGCAAAUUUGCAUUGUCAUGGUGGUUUUUACGGUUGUGAAAAUGCUUUGACUGAUGUGCGCUGUCGAAUGACUGCACGACAAUUUUAUAAUGGUGAAGCUCUUUAUGCAGCAUCAAAUCGAUUUAUCAUUCAAUGGUACUUAUUUUUAUCUGUAGCUUUAAUAUGUUGGUGGAAUAUAUAA